AUGAACAAGAUGCCAACUUAUUACGAUACCAUCAUCGAUCCUUCGGGCGAGAGACUUUCUAGCGAAGCCGCCGAAGUCAUCUCCGAGAUGAACCGCCAGCGCUCACCUCUUCUUCGCCUACCUGCUGAGAUACGGAACAAGAUCUACGAAUACGCGCUCGGUGGUAUGGAGCUUCGCGUGUCCUACAGAAGCAAGGAACUAGGCGUCGUUUCUGCAAUGUCUUAUGAUCCGUCCGUCUCGCUCACACCUCUCCAUCGACGCGUCGGCUUGACGCUCGUGUCUCGGCAGCUCUACGCGGAGACCAAGAUUCUACCAUUCGAACUGUGCACUAUGGAUGUCAUAAGCACACAACGCAACCAGCUCGAGUCGCCACUCCUAAAGCUGCCAGGAGAAGUUCGAAAUAAGAUCUACAACUACGUCUUCUCCGUCGGCAGCGUCUACUUCGGUCGCUCACAUCACCACUAUCGCACGAGCGAGACAGACUACCAACCGGAAGGAUGUGAGCCCACCGAUCUACUAGACGUCACAUCGACGUGCCGACAAAUCCGUUCAGACACCUCUACGCUACUAUUUAAGAACAACGUAAUCAUCAUAGACGACCAAAAGAUUUUCAAGAUAGUUGAGCAGCUAGAGCCGCACCAGCUCGAAGCGAUCAAAGCUCUAGAGAUAAUCUUCUACGACAUAAAGGGCUGUAUGCCGAACUUGACUACUUUGAGCAGAAUGUUCGCCAGGGAGUUCAAAAACAUGCUGGGACUCGAGAGGGUAAGCGUUAGGUUGAUCUGUUGGCUCCAGGAGGAUGAUGUACUCGAGCGCGAGUGCGAGGCAUUUUGCGAGGCGCUUAGGAAAAAUACUCGGCGUAAGCCGAUUGAAAUUAUAAAUGCGUUGAAGCAUGAAGACGACGAUGAGGGGGAAACGGACGUGGAUGAAGAAGAGACAGCGUCCGACGAAGAGACAACGCUCGACGAAGAGACAACGCCCGACGAAGAAGCUGAGCCUGAGGACGAGGGACUGGCAUCGGACACCAAGACUAUAGCGGAAGAGGACGACCCUAUGGAGAAGUAA